AUGAGAGAACUAAAGGUUUUAAAUCUUACAGUUGCAUAUGAUUCUGAGAGGAUUAUUUCCUUGUAUGCUCUUACGUUCUUGCCAAAACUUCGUGCUCUGCAUUUGGAGAAUUUUAAGGACUUUUCGUUCCUUGGAAACCUUAAGACACUUGAGAUUCUAAGUUUGCAUGGUUGGAGAUCUGAGAAUUUGACAAAUGAAUUAGGGAGGUUGGAAAAUCUAAAGAUAUUGGAUCUAACCAAAUGUAUAUUUUCCUUGAGCUUUCCCUCUAAUGUCAUUCGAAGGUUGUCUCAGCUAGAGGAGUUGUAUCUACCAGAAUUAGGAAUUGAGAUAAGUAGUGAUACCUUUCUCGAGAUAAAUUUUUUAACCAGAUUAACCAGUCUAUCUCUUGGGAUAUCUUUUCUACAUUUUCCACCAGACUUUGAAUUUCCUAAAUUGGAAAAAUACAAAAUAUGCUUAAGUCGUGAAAGGGGCAUUUUAAGCUUGAUGUUAGACGGAGCAAGAUCCUUGAAAAUUGAGCAAGUGUUUCCUUACAAUGAAGUUUCCCAAUUACUUGGGAAUUUAGAGUGUCUUCAAGUGUCAGAUAUCAAAGAUGAGUAUGUAAAAUGCUUAACUAAUAGAACACAACAAAAGGUGCCGGUACCAAUGAUCUUACGAAGCCUAAAACAAGUGAGAAUUGAACGCUGCAACACUAUAAAAGUGGUAUUUCAAAUGGAGGAGGUGGAAGAGAAUGAAGCUCCGUUCCUUUCAAAUUUAAAGAUUUUACAUCUUAAAGGGUUGCCAUAUUUGAGUUGCAUAUGGGAAUUGCCAACCCAACAUGUAAGACUUGAAAGCUUAGUUGAAUUGACUAUAGAACGGUGCUCACGUUUGAAAUCACUCUUUUCACUUUCUCUUGGUCAAAGUCUCAUACUCUUAGAAAAACUUGACAUAAGCUUCUGUGAUGAAUUGACGCAAAUAGUGGCAGAACUGGAAGAAAUUUCAUCGACCAUCAAUUCUCAUACAUCUUUGUGCUUCCCAAAGUUAACCAUGCUCAGAAUAUCUAAUUGUGAUGGUUUGGAGUAUAUUUUUCCAACGUCGCUGGCACCACAAGGGCUUCAGGGAUUGACUCUUACGAUAAGGGAUUGCCCUCAACUAAAACAAGUGUUCAGAGUUGCCAAAGGCAAUAUGCUCCAACACCAGCAGUGCUUGAUAUCGUUAUUGUCCUUUUCAGUGUCAGGAUGCCCUCAAUUAACUGAUUCGGUUGUUCAUUUAGAAGCUGAGAAAGUUUCCAUUGAGGCUGUUCGAUUAUCAGCAUUCAAGGAAUGGUUCAAAACUUCAAAACAGCUUAAAGUAAAAGCAAUUAAGGAUCAUAAUCUGGUUCCAGAAGCUAAUGAAGAUGGACUAAAUGGAGUAACUUCACUUCAACUUCGGGAUUGCUUGUAUCUUGAAUGCUUGGUUGAUACCACCACUACUGCAACAAAGAAUGGGCCAACUUCAGCAUUCACUCAUUUGGAGACAUUAUUUAUAGCAGACAUGCUUCGAUUAGAAGCCUUAUGCAAGGGUCAGCCUGCACAAGGUUUCCUCAAAAACUUGAAACAUCUGGAAGUUAGAGAAUGUUCCAAGUUCCAAGUGGUGGAUGAGCUCCUUCAUAACAGAGAAGAAAAUCAAGAGCACCCACUUUCAAAUUUACAAUCUUUGAUUCUCUACGAAUUACCAGAAUUGAGAUGGAUAUUCAAAGGCUCACCCCACUCUUUCACCCUCCAAAGUCUUAAGGUUGUAAACAUAGAUGGCUGCGGAAAAUUGAAAUCCCUGUUUUCAUCUUCCCUUAUUCAAAGCCUAGUGCUUUUAGAACAACUCAAGAUACAAGACUGCCACGAAUUGGUAACUAUUUUCAAUGAUGGUGAAAUAGAAUCAAAGACUUCUUCCCUUCCUCUCCGCUUGCCCAAAUUGAAGACUCUUUUCAUCAAUUGGUGUUCAAAACUGGAAUGUGUUGUGCCAAUCACUUUGGCUCAAGGUCUUCCUGCUCUUGCAUCUCUUUCGGUUUGUGAUUGUCAUGAAUUAAAGCAAGUAUUCGGCAUGCCAAAUGAAAAAGAUGGAGUUCAACACCAUGGUAGCCUGCUCCUUCCAAGUCUACAAGAUCUAAAACUUAUUUCCUUACGAAACUUGACUAGUUUUGUCCCACAAAACUAUAUUGUCAAAGCACCAUCUUUGAAAAGAUUGAAAGCUAAUGAUUGUUCUAAAGUAACGAACCUUCCCAUUCAACAAGCCAACAAUGAGCUGCAGUUAACGUUAAAGGAGAUUGGGUUAUUCGCAUUCAAGGAAUUGCUAUGCAACACAAAAGAUCUUAUUCUCAUAGAUAUUGAGGAUCACAAAAAUCUCGUCCCUGAUCUUGUAGAUUUAGAACAUCUACACGGAUUAAUUUCCCUUACUAUUAAGAACUGGAGGAGCGGUGAAUGCUUGGUUGAUACAUCACAAGCAAUGAUGGAAUUCAAAUGCAAUGACCAACCUCCCAAGUGUUUCUUGCAAAAUCUCAAAAUUUUGAGAGUUUUUCAUUGUGAAAAUUUUUCAAAGAUAUUUCGAGUUAAUGAUGGAAGAGAAUCAAAAGCACGUUACUUGCCAAACUUGAAAUUUGUGGAGAUUAAAAGAUGCCCAAGUUUAGAAUAUGUCUUCCCACAUGCUUCAGUUGGAGGUUUUUCUCAUCUACAAAAAGUACAACUUGUUGAAUUGAGAAAGUUGAGGAGUAUUGUUAGGGGAAACAAUUUUUUGGAAGCACCGACUUCGGAAGUUUUAUAUAUCCAAAAAUGUUCAGCGUUUACAAACUAUACCUUUCAUAAAGAAGUUAAGAAGUGUGUUUCUGUAAAGGAGUUGACCUUUGCUAUGGAAGAUAUAGACGGUGAAGAUGUCAAGUCAUGCAAUAUGGUAAACACUCAGUUGGGGCAAAAAUCAUCAGAUUUCAAAAAUAUAACUUUAGGGACUUCUGAACAAUUGGAUCUUUUUAAUGUGGUUAGGUUGCGAGAGGUUGCAACCAAUCUUAGAGAACUAACUAUUCACAACUGUAAUAAUUUGACAUACAUCUUUCCAGUGAUGUUCAUUCAAAAUUUAUCACAAUUAAGCUUUCUAAAGAUACAGUCAUGUGAGAACUUGAAGGAAAUAAUUGGAAGUGAUGACAUUUUGGCAUCUUCAUCAUCAGCACAAGGUCCUCAGUUGGAGAUGAAAAUGGUAUUCCCUCGGUUAAAGCAAAUAGUACUUAACUAUUUGUCAAAGCUCGAGAGCUUCAGCCCUGUGGGUUAUCAUCUGGAAUUCCCAUGUUUGGAUUUGCUUGAUAUUAGUCAAUGUCCCAAGCUGAUCACAAGUUUCAGUGCAGAUUAUUUAACGUUGAUUGUGCAUGCUAAAACUGAUGAGCUCACUGAACCCCGAUUCUCGACAGGAUUUGAUAUGACACAAGAUUGGUUGCAGAUGCAAUCAGAUGAGCCUGGAGCAGUUUCUGGUGUUGCUGGUUCAUGUUGGUCAAAGUUGCCCGUGGGAUGGGUGAAGUGCAAUAUUAAUGCCACGUUAUGUAUUGAGGAGAAUGCUGCAGGCUGGUCUGCUAUAGCCCGUGAUGCAAAGGGUCAUGUUAAUCCAAUGAUGGCCCCAAAAUUUGCUGAAUUAUACGCAGUAAAAUUUAAUGUAAGUGGAGUGCCUAACGAGUACGAAGCCGGGUGUGGAGGGGUGCUAAGAGAUGUGGAUGGGGUGGCAAGGGCAUUAUUUUUGGGUCCAAUUGCUGCAAAGGACUCCAUUGCAGCCGAGGUUGGAGUUAUCAUCAUUGCUUUGGAUGUGUAUUUAGUAAUGGGCUUGAAAGGUAAAGGCUCUCUAGUAAUUGAGAUUGGAUCAAAUGAGAUGUUUAGUUGGAUUGAGAACAAAAGGCUGAGACCAUUCAUACUGCAAUCUAUCUUCAAGGAUAUCAAAAACAGAAUGGAUAGAGUAGGUAAUGUUUCCUUCUCGAAGGCUGAGAAGCACAAAAAUGAUUUAGCCUUUGCUUUGGCAUUAGCUGGAACAAAAAGGCCUAGAAUGUUUAAGGCAUGGUGGUUAAUAUAUCAUGAGCGAUGUAGCUGA